UCAAAAUCUCUCACCUUCCCAACUUCACCUUAAGAUUCCUCACAUUUGAUCAGACUCCUCCCACUCACCCUUUCCUUGGCUGCCAUUCUUACACAUACAUACAUACAGUACCGUAGGGUACACUCAUCACCACGCCACCAUUUUCUCACGGUCUACUCAUCUCCCGACUGGCAGGGUAUCCGCGGUCCAACCGCACAAUUCAGCACCAGUCAUCUUUCACUGCACUUACCUUCAUCCUCUCAUUAGACUAUCUCUUCCCUCUCCCCCACUCCUACCAAGAGACUCUCAUCGACUACCACGCAACCGCUCACUUCACCACCUCUUCAGCCACAAUCAUCUCUUCCUCGCCUUCCCCCCCCCCACUCCGGAGAUAUUUUCAAGUUCGUCCAUCUCUCCAAAGGAAUCUUUAACCACUCCCACUUUCCAUCCAUCUCCCCCUCCAAGCCUAACCCUAAUCUAUCACCUUGCCCUAAGGUCAUACCUCACAUAAUCACUGGUAUCAGGCUUCCGUCAAACGACUGGGCUGCACACGAUUUCCGCUCCACCAGUAGGCGUGAUUCUUGACAUCAUCUUUUUGAUCCCUGCUCCACGUUACGCUCAAAUAAAUUUUCAUUACUUAUAACCUUGCGCAUAAACUCUUCCUCCUCCUCUUCUUUCCUUUCUCUCCUCUCCUCUCCUCUACUUCUCCUGUAUACUCUCACUCUCGCUAUUCGUCCAAACAACUUUUCACAAACGAACUCGAACGUUUGUUAAAAUUUAAAAUUCGCCACACAUAUCCAUCAUGGUUAAGGAAACGAAGCUUUACGAUACCCUGGGUAUCAAGCCUAACGCCACACCGGAAGAAAUCAAGAAGGCCUAUCGGAAAGGCGCAUUGCAGUACCACCCGGACAAGAACAAAGAUAGCAAGGUUGCCGCAGACAAAUUCAAGGAUAUCUCUCAGGCCUAUGAAGUUCUCUCAGAUCCGGAGAAGCGCAAGAUAUAUGAUCAGUUUGGCUUAGAAUAUCUGUUGCGCGGGGGCCCUUCGUCGCCACCCCCACAAUCACAAUCACAAUCACACCCUUCAUUCUCGAGAUCCGAAACAUUCCCCGGAGGAAGCUUCCCGGGUAUGGGCGGAAUGGGCGGGAUGGGUGGGAUGGGUGGAGGUGGGCGCCCAUACUAUGGAGCAAGUAACUUUCACCAGUUCGGGAACCCCGAGAGUAUCUUCGAGAAGUUUGCCCGAAUGGAGGGCGGAUUUGAGGACCUUGGUUUCGACAUACUUGGAGGUCUCGGAACUGGUAGCCCACUUGGAGGUGGCCGACCUAGCAGUUUCCCUGGAACUAGGUUUGGUGGGGGCCCUCGGGAGCCUAAUGGAAGGAGUAAGACUCCUGAAUCAACCGUAUCUGAAAGGCGUGUGAGCCUUACUCUUGAGGAGCUUUUCAACGGCACAGAAAAGAAAUUCCGUGUCAAGAGGAAGACCUUUGAUAAGGAUGGCAGGAUUUCCCGGGAAGACAAAGAGCUAAAGAUCCCGGUUAAACCAGGCAUGAAAGCUGGCUCAAAGUUCAAGUUCAAGGGUGUUGGUGAUGAGAUUGAUGGAAGCAAACAGGAUCUGCAUUUCAUUAUAGAAGAGAAACCACAUGAAUCCUUCACUCGAGAUGGUGACGAUCUUAUCACAACCCUUUCCAUUCCCCUGAAAGAUGCUCUUCUGGGAUGGUCUCGACAAAUCAAGACAAUCGAGGGGAAGCAGGUAAAAGUCUCACAUGCUGGGCCAACGUCACCAACAUGGCAGGAGAGCUACCCUGGCCAGGGCAUGGUGCUUUCAAAGACACCUAAUGAACGCGGCAAUUUGAUUGUCAAGGUCAACAUUGUCUUCCCUUCGACCUUAACACUUGAGCAAAAAAAUCAACUCAGGGUUGCUUUGCCUUAAAGCGCAUAGGUUGUAUUAUUCCCAAGGAGCUCUACUCCAAAUGUUCAGUAGUCUUCUAUCAUUUUUACCCAGUUCCUGUGGCUUUUUCUUCUUCCGUCUUUCUUCUGCUUUUUCUUUACUUUUUUUCCUGGGUCUGACGGUUGGGCGCAUGAGAGGGCUUUCAUAACAAAUGUUGGAUUUACGGAUGAUUUACGAUACGGCACGACGUUCAUCUUUGCUCUGACAUAAAAAAUAAAAAAAGCUGAGGAUCGAUAGCCAGUUUCUUGGAGCCUGGUCUCUUGUAUAAUUGUAUAAAGUUUUCUGUUGGCUAGGGUUCCUUGGCAUGUUUCCCCCACAAUUAAAUAAAGGUUACUGGCUU